GCAUCCAGACAGUCACUUUUCCCUUCAGCCUUUCCACAUCAACCCCAACACAGGCGUGGCGCGAUGGGGCGAGUGAUCCGGGCACAGAGGAAGGGUGCGGGGUCUGUCUUCAAGUCCCACACCCAUCACCGCAAGGGCAAGCCAGCGCUGAGGCCUGUCGACUAUGCUGAGCGACACGGCUACAUCCGCGGCAUUAUCAAGACCAUCAUCCACGACCCAGGCCGCGGCGCCCCCAUAGCUGAGGUGCACUUCCGCGACCCCUACCGCUACAAGACCCGCAAGGAACUGUUUCUGGCCGCUGAGGGAAUGUACUCCGGCCAGUUUGUGUACUGCGGCAAGAAGGCCAACCUCGAUGUGGGUAACGUGAUGCCGAUCGGUACUCUGCCUGAGGGAACCAUCGUGUGCAACCUGGAGGAGAAGACAGGGGACCGCGGCCGCAUUGCUCGUGGGUCCGGCAACUACGCUCAGGUCAUUGCCCACAACCCGGAGACCAAGAAGACCAGGGUGAAGCUUCCCUCUGGUGCCAAGAAAGUGCCCUCUGCUAACCGUGCUAUGAUUGGCAUUGUGGCAGGCGGCGGACGUAUUGACAAGCCCAUCCUGAAGGCCGGCCGCGCGUACCACAAGUAUCGCGUGAAGAGGAACAGCUGGCCCAAGGUCCGUGGUGUGGCCAUGAACCCGGUUGAGCAUCCCCACGGUGGAGGUAACCAUCAGCACAUUGGCAAGGCUUCCACCGUGUCCCGAGGGAAGUGUGCUGGUAGGAAGGUCGGUCUCAUCGCCGCCCGCAGAACUGGUCUCAUCCGUGGUACCAAGAAGGACCCCAGACACGCUGCUUAGUGUAACAGUGGCAGGAUUAAAUAAAUGUUGGCGUGAGGA